UCCUCAGCCAAUGGGGAGGCUUGGAGGAUGGAAAUCCCCGCAGACAGACAGGUUGCAGUCCCUGCUUGGGUCUAAGGCGGAGGAGGAGGAGGAGGAAGAGAUGGGCGCAGAGCAGCUCCGGAGCCACGGCUUCCUUUAGCAUUACAGGAAACAGGCAGACAAGGAUUUCUUGAGAAUGACUGGGUUAUAACCAAGGAGUCUCUUGAGCCCCUGACCGGACAUGGAUUCAGAGUCCUGCACCCGAGCCUUCUCCCAAGCCAGAGUCUAUCUGGAGCAGAUCCGAAGCCGCGUGGCACCAGGAGGCGUGGACGUCCAUGGGACGGUGAAACGCGACUACCUGGUGGAUGCCGCUAAGCAGAUCCGCCUGGCUUUGGAGCGGGAUGUCAGCGAGGACUACGAAGAAGCUUUCAAUCACUACAAGAAUGGCGUGGAUGUGCUGCUCAAUGGAGUGCAAGUUGAUCCUAACAAGGAGCGCCGUGAGGCUGUGAAGAGGAAGAUCACCCAGUACUUGAAGCGUGCCGAAGAGAUCUUCAAUUGCCAUCUGCAACGGACUCUAGAGAAUGGAAGUUCUGCGGAAACGGGUUACAGCAGCCUUCGCUUCCGUCCAAUCAGGACACUUAGCACACCAAUUGAGAACCUGAGACGCUGCAAAGUUGUGGGAAUCAUUGAUAAGGUGCAAAUUGUGCAGGACCCAGCCACAGGAGGAACCUUUAUACUGAAGAGCCUCCCCAAAUCCCACAUGGAGACCCGUAGAAGACAAACAAUAAUUCCACAUGGAGUGCCCUUCAUGGUUGAAUUGUUGCGCUAUUCUGCAAGCGAGGACUCCAUCUUCCUUCAUUUGGAGCAUGUCAAAGGAGGAACCCUCUGGUCCCAUCUUCGUUCGCAGCCUCGUUCCCAGCAUUAUGAUGCUUCCGACUGCUCCUGUCCAUUGGGGAGUUCAAAACUCAGCUUGGCUACAGAGCACACCAGAGAGGAUCAGCUCAUAGGAAGCUCUCAGGAAGCCAAGACUAGGUCUCAGCAGAACUGCAGUGUCCACACCAGGAACAAUGCUGGCCAGAUCCCUGCUUGCUCUAAUCACGGUCAGUUGAGAAGUGUUGAUGGUUUGUCAUCUCGGAAGGAGUCACCCAGCCACACUCACACCACAGCAACAACUGAAUUCAGGGGGCAGGGAAUUCAUGGGGGGAAGGAAUCAAGCACAACACACACUUUGCCUGCUGCGACAGAAUCUAACUUCAAAUCAGCACCUCGGGGACGUAGCCGCUCGGCCAACCAGGGUCUAAAUUUUCGGUCAUGUAACUCACUUGUUGCAAUCAAUGGUAUCAACGGCAUAAAUGAGAAAGACAGUCCUCAUCAGGAACCAGCAACACAUCCAGGUGAGAGAUCUAGCCAGCCCAUCUCCAAAGCAGCGAGAGGGUGCAGCACACCAAAGACGGACACUCAGCGUCGCAGACUCUGUCGGCUUUCGCGUCACCCAGCAUCUCUCCCACGGCAAAACCAAACGUGUCCUGGGUCUCCUCUCCAGAACCACUGCAGCCAGAAGAGUCAGUGGGAGAGACCACACAGGAGAGAAGAAAGACAUGCUCUGCAAGAAAAGACUGCUCCUGAUAGCAAACUGCACAAAAACCAAAUGUCACCUGAGCAAUAUGGGCCAACUGCACAUCAGCCUUUUGAAAAUCAUGGCACCAGGGCCUGGGAUGUUUAUGAGAAUCAGGUACAAAUUUGGGCAGCAGAACUGCUUUUGGCUCUGGAGGGUCUCCAUCAACAGGGGAUCCUAUGCCAGGACCUCAACCCACGAAACCUGCUUCUAGAUGAUGCUGGUCACAUCCAUCUGACAUAUUUUGGCCAGUGGAGUGAGGUAGAGCCACAGUGUUGCAGUCAGGCACUGGAAGAUUUAUACUGUGCUCCAGAAGUGGGCGGAAUAUCUGAUCUAACAGAAGCCUGUGACUGGUGGAGCUUCGGGGCACUUCUCUAUGAGUUACUGAGUGGAGUGUCUUUAUCCCAGAAUCACCCCUCAGGGAUUCAUCCUCACACGCAGCUCCACCUUCCAGAAAAUCUCAGCAAGGCUGCCUCCUCCCUGCUUUCAGAGCUGCUGAGAUAUGAUCCCAAACAACGUUUGGGCUCUGGAGAAGAUGGAGUGAGCACAAUCAAAUCACACCCAUUCUUCAGCACCAUCCAAUGGAACAAGCUUGUUGGAUACUAAGAAACAAACAAUGGACUUUGGGGGGGAUGUGGGUAUGAAAAUUGAAGCUGUGGGAUAGAACACCGGGUAGUUUUGUGUGCUGGGUUGUGUCCCUUACGAGCAAUGAUUCCAUAGCCUUCCAGAAGCACCUCCUCCCAUAGCCUUCCACAAGCACUUCUCAGGGGGAAAUCCAAUGCUGAGUCCAGACUUGUUUUCAUCAUUCUGCUGCUUCUAUUCUAUUUCCUACCUUUAUGCCUCUGUCAGCUGCAGGGGACCAAGCCAGGCUUAGUAAGAAUGUUUAUGCCCCUGCAUAUGUCUUUGAAGAAUAUUUGUCCCAAUAUUCUGUAAAUGCUACGUGCAAAACCAUGUACAGGCAGUCCCCAAAUUAUGGACGAGAUAGGUUAUGUAGGUUUGUUCUUAAGUUGAAUGUGUAUGUCAGCUGGAACAGGUAUAUUUUUAAAAUGUAACUCCAGCCAAAAAUAUGUAUUAGCCUUGGAUUGCAUAGGAAAGGGUUAACUCCCCUUGGGGUUUGUUUGGCUGUCUGUGCCCGUUUAGAUUUCACCUCAAUUUCUGUCCCUGCAAUAAUUGGAUUCUGAAAAAAAUGUGGCUUAUUAUGGAAACAAGGAUUGGCGAUAAAGCUUCAGUGGAGACACCUUUUCCCCACAAUAACUCUUAGGAGUGAAUUUCCCUUCUUAGGGACAGAUUUCUAUUUCCUCGUACUGUAUCAUUUGUAAGUUGGAUGUUUGUGACUCUGGGGCUGUCUUUAUUAGAAUUCCCCUGCCCCAAAUCUGGUGCUCCCAAAGGAAGUUGGGUGUUGCCCAACAGCUACCAGAUGGUAUGCCCUCGCCUCCCCCAUACAUAUAUAUGACCCAAAGAGAUCACUCUCCCGCCCUGUAUGGCUGUUGGCUUCCCUGUCAUUCCUUAUUUCACCUUUUCAAAUUAUACCUCUUGUCCUUCCUUGCCCUGUAGGUGCCCUGCUACAUCUUACCUGACUUACUUUUUCAUCUAGAAACAUCUUGCUGCUAUUCCAGCUUGACUCAUCCCAGUUUAUUGGUGCAUUUCUGCUAAACUACCGCUAGGUGACAUUCUUUGGUAGCUAGCUAGCUACACAUUUCACAGCUUGCAUGCAGGGCUUCUGAAACUGGCUUCUUCUGCAAAAAGUUCACUAUUACAGGGAAAGAGAUCCAAAAGCACUUCCUAUGACCCCGUUCUAUGGAUCUUCCACUUUCUUGCCUGUGAACAUUUUGAAAACCAAUAAAAGACUCACAGCACAACCAAA